AUGUUGGAGCAAAUGAGCGCUGAGCUGGAGCAACUGUCGGCACUGUACUCGGCAAAAUGUCUCGAGAAUUCUCAGCUUGAUGAGAAGAUGUCUUUAUUGCUGGCCGACAAGGAAAACCAUUCAUCAUCAAGCGCUGUGGAAAUACAAAAUCGGCGCCUACAACGUGAAAUAAGACAAAAAGAUGCGGUAAUUGAGGAGCUGCGGCAGAAAGUGACCUUUCUUGAACGCCGAGUAGCUGACUUGACCGGCGAAGAGCUUCCGCUCAGAUAUGGUAGGAUCCGUUCUUUCAGCAGUGGUCUUUUCUUUACAUUUGCUCAUUACGACAUGAUUUUAUUACUGAUACAUCAGCGGCAUGAGGAAGAACGGGCUUUAAUAUUUGAUUAA